GUCUCCGUCCCCACUGCUGGGAGGAGGCCACCACGUGGCUGCUCCCGGCUCAGCCUGGCCCUGGAGAGAGGGGUUCCCCCACUGGUAGUGUAGAAGGGAAUAGCGGCGGGUGGUCCCCUGUCCGAGAGCUGGCCUGACAGUCCCCAAGAGUGCGGCCGAGAGCAGGCCUCGCCUGGGAGGCAGACAGGAGGAUCCUGGACGGCUGGUGUCCCAGAGGCUGGAGGAGGCAUGGAGCCACAUUCCAGGCCAGCCCCGGGCAACACAGCCACCCCUCCCAGUGCGCCCGGGCCCUGGCUCUCCGUCUACCAUGGGCCGUCCACAGUCACCCUUCCUGGAGGGCACCCUGUCACCGAGCCUGACCCGGAGCAGGCCGGCCCGGCAGCUGCUAGGUGACUGUUGCAUCACCAGCUGCCGGAAGGAGAGGAGGGGACGGGAGUGGAUGUGAGCAGGCACUGUCCCGUGGGGAAGGAGGAAGUCCCGCCAGCACAGCCUGGCACCUCGGGGGCCAGGCACUUGCCAGCCGGGGGCUGGGGCUGGGAUCCCUCCCCCAUGUGCCAGGGAGGUUGUGCUGCCGCCUGCCCCGACUACGCCAUGUCCGACUACGAGAACGAGGACGAGUGCUGGAGCGCCCUGGAGGGCUUCCGUGUGAAGCUCAUCUCCGUCAUCGACCCCGCCCGCAUCACGCCCUACCUGCGCCAGUGCAAGGUCCUGAACCCCGACGACGAAGAGCAGGUGCUCAGCGACCCCAGCCUGGUCAUCCGCAAGCGGAAAGUGGGUGUGCUCCUGGACAUCCUGCAGCGGACUGGCCACAAGGGCUAUGUGGCAUUUCUAGAGAGCCUGGAGCUGUACUACCCGCAGCUGUACCGGAAGGUCACGGGCAGAGAGCCCGCCCGCGUCUUCUCCAUGAUCAUCGACGCAUCCGGGGAGUCGGGCCUGAUGCAGCUGCUGAUGAGCGAGGUGAUGAAGCUGCAGAAGAAGGUGCAGGACCUGACGGCACUGCUGGGCUCCAAGGACGACCUCAUCAAGGAGCUGAGGGUGAAGGACAGCCUGCUGCGCAAGCACCAGGAGCGUGUGCAGAGGCUGAAGGAGGCCUGCGAGGUGGGCGGCCGCGAGCUCCAGCGCUGCAAGGACGAGAACUACGACCUGGCCCUGCGCCUGGCCCGCCAGAGCGAGGAGCGGGGCGCCGCGCUCAUGCGCAUCCGCGACCUGCAGCUGGAGAUCGACAGGCUCAAGCACAGCCUCAUGAAGGCGGAGGACGACUGCUCGGUGGAGCGCAAGCACACGCUGAAGCUCAAGCGCGCCAUGGAGCAGCGGCCCAGCCACGAGCUGCUGUGGGAGCUGCAGCAGGAGAAGGCGCUGCUGCAGGCGCGGGUGCAGGAGCUGCAGGCCUCCGUCCAGGUCGGGCCCCGGGGGGCGAGCCGGCAGGGCGGGCGCUGGAGGGCCAGCCUGGGCCUCCCAGCCCCGCUGUGCUGCCGCCCUCUCCCUUCGCACCCACAGGAGGGGAAGCCGGACCAGAGCAGCUCCUACAUCCAGGUGCCGGAGGAGGACUGGCGGCAGGCGCAGAGGGACCUCCAGGCGCGGACCGCCGCCGUUUUCUCCCUGCGCAAGGACCUGCGCCAAGCCGAGGCCCUGCGUGCCCGGUGCACGGAGGAGAAAGAGAUGUUCGAGCUGCAGUGCCUGGCCCUGCGGAAGGACUCCAAGAUGUACAAGGACCGCAUCGAGGCCAUCCUACAGCAGAUGGAGGAGGUCGCCAUCGAGCGGGACCAGGCGAUCCUGACGCGGGAGGAGCUGCACGCACAGCACGCCCGCAGCCUGCAGGACAAGGACGCGCUGCGGAAGCAGGUCCGCGAGCUGAGCGAGAAGGCGGACGAGCUGCAGCUGCAGCUGUUCCAGCGCGAGGGCCAGCUGCUGGCGGUGGAGGGCCGCCUCCGGUGGCAGCAACUGGAGACGUCCGUCCUGAGCUCCGACCUAGAGGACGGCUCACCGAGGAACUCCCAAGAGCUCUCGCUCCCCCAGGACCUAGAGGAGGAUGCCCAGCUCUCAGACAAAGUCUCCCUUGCAGGCGGCCCGGCCGUCGGGGAGAGCCCUGAGCAGCCCUUUGUGGCUCUGCAGAAGGAGCGGCUUUCACUGACCCCCGAGGACGCAGGCCUGAGCGGCGGGGAGCCCCCCGAGAAGGAGAAGGGGCGGCGGCGUCUCAAGGAGAGCUUCGAGAACUACCGCAGGAAGCGGGCCCUCAGGAAGAUGCAGCACGGCGCGAGGCAGGGGGAGGUGGACUGGGAGAAUACCACGGGCAGCGACAACACCGACACCGAGGGCUCCUAGCCGGCCCCUCCGUCCAGCCGCCCGUCGUGAGAGGAGGACACGGCGCCACCUGGGAUCUGCCCCGCUAGGCCGUCUCUUCGUUGGAGAGCACGGGCUUGUUCUAUCUCUGUGUGAUGCACACGCGUGCUGCAGUGUUAAAAAUGCAGCCCCGUCAAUAAACGACCGCGGUCCGGACA